AUGGAUAAAUGUACAGAGGAUAUAGAGUUUGAUGGAGAAAUUGGAGGUGCCGUUUGUGUCGAAGGGAUGAAAACGGAUGUGUUUGCUCUUUCUAUUGUUGAGUCACAAAAUCAAUACUCAUUGUACGUGCCUGAGUUUGAAGUUGAAAACUUAAUCUGUGAUAUCAAGAAUAUUGAAGUGAAGUUUAGAACUGCAUUUGGAGAAGUGGACAACAUUUGUGUUGUAUCAGAUCGGAAUGAAAGCAUUAUCAAAAGUGUUAAGGUUUCCUCGAACCAUAUAUACUCUAUAUAUGAAUCUGGAAGAAGAUACAUUGUCGAUCUCGAAAGGAAAUCAUGCAACAGUGAAAGUUUUCAACUUGAUCAGAUACAUUGUCCUCACGGAAUCAAAGUCCUAAAGAGUAAAAACGUUGAUGAUUUGGCCCAUACUUCUUUGAGUACUAUAAGCCAAGCACUUUGGUGA